GAUAGAAUCGAUGGAGCAUGAUGACGAUUUAGGAUGUUGCUUAUGAGGAGACUGCUGUGGCUAACGAGCUUUAAUCACGAACAACCAUGAGCUCACUACGAAACCACCGUGUUAUCAUUGCUUCACUGUUCUUGCCAACGACUACAGUUCUAGGUGAAAGCAGUCCCCCUACUCCAGAUAUUUAUGCUCGAGAGGUAGGUGCAACAGCUACACAGGACUUGGGCGGUCGUCCUCCAGCAUUUAGGCAUGCUUCGUCACGAUCUAUCGGUAGCGCCCCAGCUCCCCUUAAGAGCAUAGUCGACGACUUAAAGUCUCGCGCAAUCACCCCAAUCAGCACUCCUCCCUCUGAAUUAAAUCCAUUUUCAAAAUUCGCUUCACUAGCUCCAUCCCCUGCAGGCAAAGGUUCAAUCUCACCCCCAUCCAUCCAAAACAUAGACGCAUCACUCGCAAAGUUUCAACCAGACCUAGUCCAUUCUAUUCGUCUCCAACGCAGAUCAUCAUCUUCAAAACCACCUAGGUAUCCCUCCCUCACCCGCUCCUAUACAAACGCACCCGCUGAAUCCUACUACUUUGCACCAAAUAUCCACUGUAAUGGCGGUCUCAAGAACGCAGUUGACAGCGUCAAAGAUCGCAUGACGAGCAAACUCUGGGUCGGGACUCUCGGUAACAGCACAGACGCUUAUAGCACAGAACUCAAAGCCAGCGUCGAUCGAAGGAUGAUGGAGAAGCAUUCUAGUCUACCGGUUUGGAUCCCUGAUGCAGAGUUUGAGAGUUGUUAUGAUGAGUUUUGUCAUCAGGUCCUUUGGCCGUGUCUUCAUUAUGCAGUCCCCGACGCGCCCAAAACUAAACUCUUCUUCGAGAGCGCAGCGUUUAAGCAGUAUGUUGCUGUUAAUAAGCGGUUUGCAGAGGCUAUCGAGAGCGUGUGGACGGAGGGCGAUGUCGUCUGGAUUAACGACUAUCACCUGAUGCUCCUCCCCCUCCUCCUCCGCAAAAGCACCCGCAUACCCGCUCUCGCUUGUGCUCCAAUCGGAUUCUUCAUGCACGUUGCUUUCCCGAGCAGUGAAAUAUUUAGAUGUCUAAGCGUACGCGAACAGCUCCUCCGCGGUAUGCUCGGUGCGGAUCUGGUAGGAUUUCAGACUGCGAGCUAUGCAAGGCAUUUUAGACAAACCGUCUCUCGUAUUCUUGCAGUCGAAGCGUUGCCCAAGGGGAUACAGGUCGAAUACGGUAUCCCAGGCGGCGCCCGCGAAGGCCAUGGCCGCUUCGUGGACGUCGGCGUCUUCCCCAUGGGCAUAGACGUAGGCGCCCUACGCGAGCGGCGCCGUGAGCCCGACGUCUCUUAUUGGGUCCAACUCCUCAGGCAACGCUAUGCGGGUAUGAUGAUAGUCGUAGGGAGAGAUAAGUUAGAUGAGAUCCAAGGCGUGAGGCAUAAACUCGAGGCGUUUGAGUUGUUCUUGAAGAAGUGGCCUGAGUAUCAGGGGAAGGUUAUCCUCCUCCAAGUAGCCCUCCAAACAACCGAAUCCAAUGAGUUAGCAGCAGGCGGCGUCUCAGACGUCGUUGCACGCAUCAACAGCGCGUUCAGCACGCUCACGUAUCAGCCUGUCGUGUUCCUCCAUACACAAGAAGUCACGUUUAGUCAGUAUCUGGCGCUUUUGACUGUGGCGGAUGCGUUUUUGGUGACGAGUUUGAGGGAGGGGAUGGCGCUGAGGACACAUGAGUUUGUUGAAUGCCAAGAUGGGAGACAUAGGCCUUUGAUUCUGAGCGAGUUCACCGGAUCGUAUAGUUAUAGUGGAUUCAGGUCCUGUAUUGCUGUGAAUCCGUAUGACACGCAUGGAACUGCCAAGGCUAUUCGUCAGGCUUUGACUAUGAGUGACGAGGAGGCGUUGUCGAGGUGGGAGGACCUCCAUAACCACGUGGUAACACAAACAGCCCAAACCUUCGUCACCUCCUUCCUCACGCGCUGCCUUCGCGCCAACACCGAACACACCACCCAAACAGACCUCAACUCUGUCCCUGCCCUCAACACAACACUCCUCCUCCCACGCUACAAACACUCCCCUCGCCGUAUCAUCCUGCUCGAUUUCGAAGGCACGCUCUGGCGUCCCGACUUGUCUCGCGCAGGACUCCUCGCGCCGUUUGUGCCCCCUGAAGGCGCAGUAGAACUGCUGAACAAGUUCUCUGCAAAUAAGCGCAACGAGGUGUGGUUGCUCAGCGGGUUACCUGUCAAGAGUCUCGAGCGGGUCGCUGCAAAAGCGCCUGAGGUGGGUAUAGUCGCGGAGAACGGGUGUUUUGCCAAGAUCCCGGUGCAGAAUGGGAAAGGAGGGGUGUGGAUAAGUAUGGUUGCCAAUUUGAAUUUGACGUGGAAGGGUCUUUGUGUGGAGAUUUUGAAUUAUUUCACGGAGCGGACGCCUGGUUCGUUUGUAGAAGAGCGCGAGGCGUCUGUUGUGUGGAGGUUCUGGAGUGGUCCGACGGAUGAUUGUUCAGAUCGUCAGUGGGCGAGGCGUCAGGCUGCCGAAGCGCAGAAUCAUAUAUUUGAUAGCCUUGGCGAACGUUACGGCCUGCGCAUAAUCCCAGGCUCAAAUUCCUUCCUAGUCCUCCCAAACAACAUCUCCCGCUCCACAGCUGUAGGCGCGAUCCUACACCCAGGCGGACCCGCCCACUCACCGCGUUCCUCCUCGGUGCCCGACCUAGAUGUACCCGUGAACGGAGGAGGAGGAGAGGCAGGGUUCGUGUUCGCUGUAAGCGGUGACGAGAAGCUAUUGAGGAGGUUGAAUGAGCUGGAUAACGCUGAGACGGUGUCGACGAGUGGGAAGGGGACGGAUGCGAAGUGGAAAUUGGAUGCUGGGGAGGUGGGUGAUGUGAUGUGGUUAUUUGCGAAUUGUCCGUAGAGGGUGGGGGUGGUGUAUCUUAGAAAGGAUUCGGCUGGUUUUGGUUUUGAAUAUGUAUGAUGUAUAUUGUAUAUUGUGCUACUAGAGAUCAGUCGUGCGCGUGAUCAUGCGCGUCUGUCA